AUGCACAUUGCAGAAGCUCUGACACUCCCUGUCACCUCCGCCUCCACUCCUGCGCUGUGCUCCCUGAAUGUUGAGUCCGACUCCAGGGAAGGAGACCUGGACGCCAGAGACUUGGAAAUGUCCAAGAAAGUCAGGCGAUCCUACAGCCGCCUGGAGACUCCUGGCUCGGCCUCCACCUCCACCCCAGGUCGCUGGUCCUGCUCUGGCUUUGAGGGGCUGCUGGCCACAGAAGACUUGGCUGGAGUCUCGCCCGUGGUGGGUUCAAAGCUAACUGAGGUCCCCAGGGUCCCUGUGAAGCCCUGGGCCCCAGACACAACUCUCCCUGGAAUCUCUCCCCCGGCCGUGAAAGAGAAACGAAAGAAGAGGAAGGUGCCGGAGAUCUUGAAAUCGGAGCUGGAUGAGUGGGCCGCGGCCAUGAAUGCUGAGUUUGAAGCUGCUGAGCAGUUUGAUCUCCUGGUUGAAUGA